CAUUUAGAGAGAGAGAGAGAGAGAGACAGAUAGACAGACAGACAGAUAGACAAGACAGACAGACAGACACGUUGUGGAUACUCUGAUUGUUUACUAGAAUUAUUUUGGAAUAAACAACAGAAGCAGGAGGCGGUUGCUAGGAGACGGCUGAGUUCGGGCAGCGCUGCAUGAUGCCAGGAUGGCGCCUCUGCUGCCCCCUGUUGGUACGGAGGUCUUCAGACGCAUCACGCCAGCCUCGUUGGAGGAACUCCAACGAAGAUACGAAGUCGAGGAGAAGGAACGACAGAGGAGGAAGGAGAAGAAAAUAGAGGUGGCGGAGGAGAAUCUUCCUAAACCGGCCAGCGACCUCGAGGCCGGCAAGUCCCUCCCCUUUAUCUACGGAGACCCGCCCCCUCAGCUCCUCAACACCCCAUUGGAGGAGCUGGAUCCCUUCUACCAAUCACAGAAGACGUUCAUCGUGCUGGGUAAAGGAAACAUCAUCCAGAGGUUUAACUCCGACCCGGCGUGCUACCUGCUGGGUCCGUUGAACCCGCUGAGGAUCGUCGCCAUCCGGAUCCUCAUCCACUCGUUAUUCAGUUUGUUCAUCAUGGUCACCAUUCUGGCCAACUGUGCCUUCAUGACGCUGAGCGAUCCUCCGCCGUGGAGCAAGACGGUGGAGUACGUGUUUACGUUCAUCUACACGUUUGAAGCAACGACCAAAGUUCUGUCCAGAGGAUUCUGUGUCGGUGGUUUCACCUUCCUCAAAGACCCGUGGAACUGGCUGGACUUCAUGGUCAUCAGCAUGGCAUACCUGACAGAGUUCGUAGAUUUGGGGAACGUUUCAGUGUUGAGGACAUUCAGAGUCCUUCGAGCUCUGAAGACGAUCACAGUGAUCCCUGGUCUGAAGACGAUUGUCGGCGCUCUCAUCCAAUCGGUAAAGAAGCUGGCUGACGUGAUGAUCCUGACGGUGUUCUGUCUCAGUGUCUUCGCUCUGAUUGGUCUACAGCUCUUCAUGGGAAACCUGCGGCAAAAAUGUGUCCUGAUCCCGCCGCUGUUGCUUGGCAACGGCACGUCUGACAUCGACGCCGGUUACUACGGCAACGACACCCAUGGAAACAGUACAGGAAACAGUACAGGAAACGGUACCUUUGAUUACUACGAGUACAUCAACAACCCAGAGAACUACUACUACCAGUCUGGUCAACCUGAUGCUCUGCUGUGUGGAAACAGCUCUGAUGCCGGGGUCUGUCCGGAGGGGUACAUGUGUCUGAAGGCGGGGAGGAACCCAAACUACGGCUACACCAGCUACGACUCGUUUGGUUGGGCGUUCCUGUCUCUGUUCAGACUGAUGACCCAGGACUUCUGGGAGAACCUCUUCCAGCUGACACUGCGAGCGGCGGGAAAGACCUACAUGAUCUUCUUCGUGGUCGUCAUCUUCCUCGGCUCGUUCUACCUCAUCAACCUGAUCCUGGCCGUGGUCGCCAUGGCGUACGCCGAGCAGAAUGAGGCCACGCAGGCCGAGGCCAAACAGAAGGAGGAGGAGUACGCUCAGAUCCUGGAGAUGCUGAAGAAGAGAGAGGAGGAGCAGGCGGCCUGCAGGGCGGAGCUCUCCGCCAAACAGGAUCCAUCCACGAGCCACGAGCAAGAACACAACGCCAUGGAUGACUUUGCAGACGACCAGCGGCCGUGUCCUCCAUGUUGGUACGUCUUCUCCGACAUCUUCCUGAAGUGGAACUGCUGCGGCUGCUGGCGGCGGCUCAAGGGGUACCUUUACAUCUUCGUCAUGGACCCGUUCGUCGACCUCGGCAUCACCAUCUGCAUCGUCCUCAACACCGUCUUCAUGGCCAUGGAGCACUACCCGAUGACGGAGGAGUUCGAGGAGGUUCUGAGCAUCGGAAAUCUGGUCUUCACAGGGAUCUUCACGGCUGAGAUGGUCCUCAAACUUCUGGCCAUGGACCCGUAUUACUACUUCCAGGUGGGCUGGAACAUCUUCGACAGCAUCAUCGUCACCAUGAGUCUGGUGGAGCUGGGAUUGGCUGACGUUCAGGGCCUGUCGGUGCUGCGCUCCUUCCGAUUGAUGCGAGUGUUUAAGCUGGCCAAGUCGUGGCCGACCCUCAACAUGUUGAUAAAGAUCAUCGGGAACUCGGUGGGCGCUCUGGGGAACCUGACUCUGGUCCUCGCCAUCAUCGUCUUCAUCUUCGCCGUUGUCGGCAUGCAGCUGUUCGGAAAGAACUACAAAGACUGCGUCUGUCGCAUCGCGUCCGACUGCGAGCUUCCUCGCUGGCACAUGUACGACUUCUUCCACGCCUUCCUCAUCAUCUUCAGGGUCCUGUGUGGCGAGUGGAUCGAGACCAUGUGGGACUGCAUGGAGGUCUCGGGUCAGACCAUGUGCCUGAUUGUCUUCAUGAUGGUCCUCGUCAUCGGCAACCUGGUGGUCCUGAAUCUGUUCCUGGCCUUGUUGCUGAGCUCGUUCAGCGGUGAUAAUCUGGCGGCUCCAGAAGAAGAAGGAGAAAACAACUUGCAGAUCGCCCUUAACCGGAUCAACAGGGCUGUGGCCUGGACUAAGACCUGGAUCCUGGAACAUAUCUGGACUAUGAUGGGAAAGAAGAACCACGUCAGUCCAGACCACCCCGCUGUCGACGGUGAGGAAGACGAGAAGACGACGAAGGAGAUUUUGGCUUUGACCUUUGUGAACUUAGGCCAGCCGGGGUCAGAGGUCAAGUCCCUAGACUGUAACCAUGGCAACCUGACCAGCAACUACCACAACAUUCCUUGCCUGAAGGUCCCCAUCGCCGAGGCCGAGUCCGAUUUGGAGAUGCCUGACGAUGAUGACGAUGAUGAUGAAGAAGAAGAGGAUGAGGAGGAGGAAGAAAAGCACUCCCAAUGUGACGAGUCGUCGGUCUGCAGCACCGUACAGAAGCUUCCUGACGCUCAGGAGGACGAAGACGAAGACGAGCACGAUGCAAACACACCUGAGGACUGCUUCACUGACAAGUGUUACAGACGCUGUCCGUUCCUGGACAUAGACACGUCCGAGGGCAGAGGGAAGGUCUGGGCUAACGUCAGGAGAACCUGUUUCUCCAUCGUAGAACACAACUACUUUGAGACCUUCAUCAUCUUCAUGAUCCUGCUGAGCAGCGGAGCUCUGGCCUUUGAGGACAUCUACCUGGAGCAGCGGCAGGUCAUAAAGACGGUUCUGGAGUACGCUGACCAGGUGUUCACCUACGUGUUCGUGGUGGAGAUGCUUCUCAAGUGGGUCGCCUACGGAUUCAAGACCUACUUCACCAACGCCUGGUGCUGGCUCGACUUCCUCAUCGUAGACGUGUCUCUGGUGUCUCUGACGGCGAACAUCCUGGGAUACUCUGAGCUGGGAGCCAUCAAGUCUCUGAGGACUCUGAGAGCGCUGAGGCCCCUGAGGGCCCUGUCUCGCUUCGAGGGCAUGAGGGUGGUGGUGAACGCCCUGGUCGGAGCGAUCCCGUCCAUCUUCAACGUGCUGCUGGUGUGUCUGAUCUUCUGGCUGAUAUUCAGCAUCAUGGGAGUGAAUCUGUUUGCAGGGAAGUUUUAUUACUGUGUCAACCAGACGUCUGAGGAGAUGUUUCUACCUGAAGAGGUCGACAACCGGACCGAGUGUUUCUCCCUGAUGGAGGAAAACUCCACCGAGGUCCGCUGGAAGAACGUCAAGGUCAACUACGACAAUGUGGGGAUGGGCUACCUGUCACUGCUGCAGGUGGCCACAUUUAAAGGCUGGAUGGACAUCAUGUACGCAGCGGUGGACUCCAGAGACGUGGAGUCCCAGCCGAUGUACGAGGCCAACCUGUACAUGUACGUUUACUUCGUGAUCUUCAUCAUCUUCGGCUCCUUCUUCACUCUGAACCUCUUCAUCGGAGUCAUCAUCGACAACUUCAACCAGCAGAAGUCAAAGAUGGGAGGAACAGAUCUUUUCAUGACGGAGGAGCAGAAGAAAUAUUACAACGCCAUGAAGAAACUGGGCUCCAAGAAACCUCAGAAGCCGGUUCCUCGACCUGAGAACCGGUUCCAGGGUCUGGUCUUCGACCUGGUCACCACGCAGUUCUUCGACAUCUUCAUCAUGGUGUUGAUCUGUCUCAACAUGGUGACGAUGAUGGUGGAGACGGACGAGCAGAGCGAGGAGAAAGACUACAUCCUGUACUGGGUCAACCUCGUCUUCAUCGUUGUCUUCACCCACGAGUGCAUCCUGAAGAUGAUCGCGCUCCGGCAGCACUACUUCUCUGUCGGCUGGAACAUCUUCGACUUCGUGGUCGUCAUCCUGUCCAUCGUAGGUCUCCUCCUUGCUGACAUCAUAGAGAAGUAUUUUGUCUCGCCAACGCUCUUCCGUGUAAUCCGAUUGGCUCGGAUCGGCCGAGUCCUUCGUCUCAUUCGUGGAGCCAAGGGGAUCCGCACGCUGCUGUUCGCCCUGAUGAUGUCACUUCCUGCCCUCUUCAACAUCGGCCUCCUCCUCUUCCUCAUCAUGUUCAUCUUCUCCAUCUUCGGCAUGUCCAACUUCGCUUACGUGAGGAAGGAGGCCAUGAUCGACGACAUGUUUAACUUCGAGACGUUCGGGAACAGCAUGAUCUGCUUGUUUAUGAUCACCACGUCGGCGGGAUGGGAUGCGCUGCUGAACCCCAUCAUGAACACGCCGCCGGACUGCGACCCCGACGUGGAGAACCCCGGGUCGGCGGUCCGAGGGGACUGCGGCAGCCCGGCGUUGGGCAUCGUCUUCUUCACCACCUACAUCAUCAUGUCCUUCCUCGUGGUGGUCAACAUGUACAUCGCCAUCAUUCUGGAGAACUUUAACGUGGCGACGGAGGAGAGCGCCGACCCGCUGUGUGAGGACGACUUCGAGAUGUUUUAUGAGACCUGGGAGAAGUUCGACCCCGACGCGUCGCAGUUCAUCCAGUACAGUAAACUGUCGGAUUUCUGCGACACCCUGAAGGAUCCUCUGAGGAUCGCCAAACCAAACACCAUCAAACUGAUCCACAUGGAUCUGCCUCUGGUUCCUGGAGACAAGAUCCACUGUCUGGACAUCCUGCUGGCCCUCACUGCUCAGGUUCUGGGUGAUUCAGGAGGGAUGGACGCUCUCAAAGCUAGCAUGGAGGAGAAGUUCAUGGCCAACAACCCCUCCAAGGUGUCGUACGAACCAAUCAGCAGCACCCUGCGGAGGAAACAGGAAGAGGUGGCGGUGAUGGUGAUCCAGAGAGCGUACAGGAAACACCUCCUGCAGCGGACGGUCAAACUGGCGUCCUACAAAUACCGAGAGAAGACGGAGGGACGACAACUCGAGCCGCCGCCCGAGACGGAGGGACUUCUCAGUAAACGAAUCAGUCAGCUGUACGGAGACGGCGAGGAGACGGAGGACCCUCCUCCCACCCGGGUGGAGCUCCAGAGGGAGGUUCAGCUCCACGCCGCUCCGCCCCUCAACGCCGCCUCCAACUUCCUGCCAGAUGAGAACCUGAAGGAGUCUAUCGUCUGAGGUUUAACUUCCCGUUUCCCUGUGCAUUGUGGGAACUCACCUGUCGGAGGAGCAGAGUGUCUCCGUUAAAGAGUGACGGAUCAGCAGUAGAUGUGCUGACGUCCUCUAAUCAGAGAAAUUAAACUUUAUCAGUCUGUGAUGGUCCACAGCGUUCCUUAGAGUUUAACACCAGAAGAUGAACGUUUGAGACGACCAAUCACUAGAGGAGGGAAAUAAAAAAUAUGUAUCAAGAUUUUUUUUUUUUACUAUUUCUAAACAGAUGUUUUAACACCAGAAUGGAUAUAUCUGCUUCUUCUGAGUCUAU